CGGCAACCCCAGUAGUGACAGCGACAGUAACGGAGCCAGAAACUGCUGUGCAGGAUAGCGAUGACCAUACGGUGAAUCCUGUAAUCCCAGUACAGUUGGCUUCUUUGCGAUCGCCAACAUUGCAUGGCAAAGGAAGAAGAGAGUUGGAACAGACCGACUUAGCCCCGUCUGUAGUCAUUGUCCUUGCCGGAACUGGUCUUCAGCUCAUGCAGACCAAGAUUUGUACUCCAAUGGAUGCAACCAUCUAACAACACCAUAGGAUGCGCCCACAACAACGGAUGAAGAGGAAAAUGACGACACAGGCGAUUCUGCAUAUGGCGAUGACGAGGACGCAUGGUCUGAUACCACAACCAUUCCAUCAACGAUUAUGCGACACAGAUACCAGCAUGGACGCCGUUACCACAAGUUUCGCGAAGGCGAAUACUGGGGUCCUAACGAUGAAGAGCAGAACGACCAACUUGACAUAGCUCAUCAAAUGUUUCUAAUCCUUCUCAACCAAAAGUUACACCUCGCGCCUCUCCAGAAUCCCCAAAGAGUGAUCGACCUCGGCUGUGGUACAGGUAUCUGGGCAAUUGACUUCGCAGAUGAAAACCCCUCCGCAGAAGUCAUCGGCGUGGACCUCUCGCCAAUCCAACCUUCAUUCUCCCCGCCCAACUGCAAAUUCGAAAUCGACGAUGUGACAAGUCCAUGGACGUACCCACGCGACCAUUUCGACUUCGUCAACAUCCGCUCACUGUACGGCAGCAUCGCCGACUUCCCGGCGCUCUACCGUCAGGUCUAUGACCAUCUUGUGCCAGGCGGAUGGUUCCACCAGCUCGAAAUGAGCAUCCAAUUCAAAUCCGACGACGGCACUCUCACGCCCGAUCACCCCCUCAGCCAAUGGAGCGAUGUGUUCCACGAGGCCGGCGAGAGGUUCGGCAAGAGCUUCAAAGACGUCUUCAAUCUCGGCAAAUGGGCGAAAGAAACCGGGUUCACAGACGUUGAAGAGAGGUGGUAUAAAGUCCCAGUCGGUGGGUGGAGCAGUGAUGAAGAGAUGAGGGUGCUGGGAAGGUGGAACCUUUUACAUUGCACGCAGGGCGCCGAGGGCUGGGGACUUUUCUUGUUAACGAACGUCAUGAAGUGGACCAUAGAAGAGGCACAAGUCUUCAUCGCAAAGUUUCGCAACGGCCUGAAACAAAAAGCUGUGCAUGCAUACUUCGAAGUCGUCGUCGUAUAUGGCCGGAAACCAGACAACACGGCAUCAUAAUCUAACAUCCCUUUUAAACACAACGACUCAUAGAACGCGAUUUUCCACGUCCGUAGUACCGAGGAAGUGUGGUGGUGCUUUUUCCUUCCUCGACUCUUCUAGCGAAAUCAGUAAUUAAUAGCGAAUCUUUUCCUGAAAGCAAAAUUAUUAAAUCGAAUUUAUCUAUCUAAUUUUCCCUCUCAAACAUGGAUGUACAUGUCAUGUGUGGGAGUACGUAUUCACAGCGCCUUGGGUAAUUAUCCUCGUUCAUUAUUCUCAUUAGGGAAGGGGAAAGUCAUGUGCUCCAUUUCUCAUAACCAAGCAAGUAGAACAAAAUAUCAGGUCGGG